AUGGAAGAUCUUGACCCCAACUCAGACUACAUCGUGCGGCUCAGGUCAGUGGACAACAAAGGUCAAACUGGCCUACCCUCGCCUCUGGUGGAGGUUCUGAUGCCAGAUGACGCAGGCAUUCAACAGCCAGCCGGCUCCUCUUCAGAAGCUCAAAACCUCGGACCAAAUGACUUCGAUUCUGACAUAACCUCUCCAAUGGACGGUAAAAUCGGCGAAGCUUCAACAGGCAUUGUCAAGUUGUCCGCUGACGAGGCGGCAACGAUUGUUCAGGGUCUGCAUUGCACAAGAGUUGGCAGUCGUACGAUGCAAAUUGAAUGGCAAUCCCCGAGGCUGAUGACCGGACUCGAAGAAUAUCAGGUAGGAUGA